AUGCUAAAACUGUAUAAUUCCCUUUGGCAAAAAACAUUAGGGAGAAUAAACUUUAAUUCCAAAUGGACUUGGUACAGCCAUAGGCCAUCAAUAGUUAUUAAUUCAAAUGUCAGUUCAUAUAGCACAACCUCUGAAGGAACAAAAGCUAGUGACGGAAAGAUAUCUACAGUACCAACCGGCACGCCUCCACCUCAGACAAAAACUAAAUUUGGGUCAUUAUGUGACUCGGAUCGAAUAUUCACUAAUUUGUACGGUCGUCACGACUGGAGAUUAAAGGGAGCUCUCAAAAGAGGUGAUUGGUAUAAAACAAAAGAAAUCAUAUCGAAGGGAUCUAGCUGGCUUAUUAAUGAAUUAAAAACAUCUGGAUUACGUGGUCGUGGUGGUGCAGGAUUUCCUAGUGGCUUAAAAUGGUCUUUCAUGAACAAACCAUCUGAUGGACGUCCUAAGUUUCUAAUUGUCAACGCAGAUGAGGGAGAACCGGGCACCUGUAAAGAUCGUGAAAUUUUAAGACAUGAGCCUCACAAAUUAAUCGAAGGCUGUUUGAUAGCAGGUCGUUUAAUGGAAGCACAUACUGCAUUUAUUUACAUCCGGGGGGAAUUUUUUAAUGAAGCCUGCAACUUACAAAUGGCCAUAACUGAAGCUUACAAAGCUGGCCUGAUUGGACGUAAUGCAUGUAACUCUGGAUUUGAUUUCGAUGUAUUCGUUCAUCGCGGGGCUGGAGCAUAUAUUUGUGGUGAAGAGACAGCUCUUAUAGAGUCUUUAGAAGGAAAACAAGGCAAGCCGAGAUUAAAGCCUCCUUUUCCAGCUGAUGUAGGGCUAUUUGGUUGUCCUACUACUGUAACAAAUGUUGAAACUGUCGCUGUUUCUCCUACCAUUUGUAGACGCGGUGGUCACUGGUUUGCUAGUUUUGGUCGUACCAGAAACUCUGGAACAAAACUAUUCAACAUAAAUGGACAUGUCAACAAACCUUGUACAGUUGAAGAAGAGUUAUCAAUGCCUCUACGUGAACUUAUAGAGAAGCAUGCCGGAGGAGUUCGUGGAAGUUGGGACAAUCUCCUCGGAAUUAUUCCGGGCGGUUCGUCGACACCGAUUAUACCGCAAUCAAUGUGUAAUGACGCAAUUAUGGACUACGACGGUUUAUUAGCUGUGCGUUCAUCAUUGGGAACUGCUGCGAUAAUUGUCAUGGAUAAAUCCACUGACAUUAUCAAAGCAAUCGGACGACUGAGUGAAUUUUAUAAGCAUGAAAGUUGCGGUCAAUGCACCCCAUGUCGUGAAGGUGUAUCUUGGAUGGCUAAAAUUAUGAAGAGAUUUACUAGUGGAAAUGCCAAACCAGCUGAGAUCGAUAUGUUAUUCGAAAUUUCUAAACAAAUUGAAGGUCAUACUAUAUGUGCUUUAGGUGAUGCAGCUGCAUGGCCGGUACAAGGUUUGAUACGCCACUUUCGACAUGAAAUAGAGGACCGAAUGGUACAGUUUGUGAGAAAAGAACCUAAAUUGUAUUAG